AGUAGUAGCACCAACACCAUCAUUAAAAAAAAAUCCAGCAACAGCAAGACAACAACAGCAGCAGCGACAGCAACAACAACAACAACAACAACAACAACAACAACAACAACAUGCCUUCUCCCACCACCACCACCACUACCACCACCACCACCAACACCACCACCGCUGCUGCCACCGCCCUGCCGUCUUGGGUUCUAGAGGAAAGGGAAGCUGGGAGGAUCAAGCACAGGCGCCGCGUCUUGGAGCAGCGGGCACAACGGAUUCAUGGUCUGCCGCGCGCCACAUCCAUAGCGGUAGACGUGGAGGGUUUGAGUCAACAGGUGAAGGAUCGACAGAGGGCAUCGGAGAAGGAUCAGAAAGAGGAGGAUGACUUCAUGCGUCUGGCAGCCACACAGGACCGCGCCGCACUUCUCUUACAGCACCACGAGAAGAAGGCCGAGGAGGCGAGGCGAACUGACCUGGCAAAAUUCUGGCGGGAGGAACAGCGACCAGAGAGAAGAAGGGACGCUGACCUCGACUCCCACGAACACCUCACUUCUGCCCUCUACGAACUCAGAUUCGAGGGAGAGGACCUAGGCAGGAAUGAGCGUGUGAAAGCGCAGCAAGAGCAGGCGAAGGAGUGGUUGGAGCAGCAGAGACGCGAGCAACAGUACAGAGAGCAGCAGGAGAAAAAGGAGGAGAGGCGGCGCCAGCUGGAGUGUGCCGAGGCGGCGGAGCAGGCGAGGCAGCUGGCGCAGGCCGAGGAGCAGUGCCGCCUUGCCGAGCAGCUGGCACUCCAACGCUACAACCUGGCACUGAGUGAGGAAAGGAAAGCUGCGCAGUGGGAGGAAAGACUUGCGCGGCGUGAGGCUGAGGAUCAGGAAGUGCGCAACGCAGUCUUGGGAGCCUUCCUGACAGAGCAACCCACAGUGGCGCGCAGCUCGCUAGGACCCCACAGGAUAAUCCCCCACAGGUGGAAGGGUAUGAGUGAGGCUGAGAGGCGGCACAUCCUGGAGGUCAGGGAACGGCAGGUGGAGGAGAAAAAGCGGCAGAAGGAGCAGGAGCGGCGGGAGGAGGCGGCGUGGGCAGUGAUGGCCAAGCAGACAGACAAGGCGGCGCUGCUGUCACUUCACCAGGAGCACACCAACGCCAGGCGUCGCGAGGAGCAGCUGGCGGCCACCAACACCCGCCUGGCAACGGAGCAGCGCGACAACAGGGCAGCCUCCGCCAAGCUCGCCGCGCCGCCCCUCCCCUCCCUUGACUUCUACAGGAAAUUUGGCAUGCACCCCAGAUAGGUGGAGAGGUGGAGAGGUGGACUGCUGUCUUGGUGUGUUUAGUGUUUCCUUAUUUCUUAUUUCCUUUGUCAAUGAGUCUUCUUUUCUUUCCUUUUUUUUUUUUUCUCGUCCGAGUUUUAUUAAUGUUUUUUUUAUUAUUGUUGUUAUAUUUUUUCUACUACUACUACUACUACUACUACUACCACUACCACCACUAACUACUAUUACUACUUUUUUUUUCUAAUUUCUGCGUUCAUAGUUUUUUUUUUCCCUUUUUUUUUUGUGUGUGUGUAUUUGACCGUAUCUUCUACGGCAGGAUGCUACAUGUACUGGUUCGGUUUCCAUGGCAACACUCAAGGCUUACAAAUAUAAAUCGUGUAUCA